AUGCCCCUGUCCCUGGGAGCCAAGAUGCGGGGGCCCGAGGCCUUGCUGCUGCUGCUGCUGCUGCUGCUAUCGUUUCCAGGCCGCUGCCGGGCGGGCGAGCUGGAGACCUCGGACCCGGUGACCGUGGUGCUGGGCCAGGACGCCAAGCUGCCCUGCUUCUACCGAGGGGAGCCCGGCGAGCAGGUGGGGCAGGUGGCGUGGGCUCGGGUGGACGCGGGCGAGGGCGCCCGGGAGCUCGCGCUGCUGCACUCCAAGUACGGGCUGCACGUGAGCGCGGCCUACGAGGGCCGCGUGGAGCAGCCGCCGCCUCCACGCAGCCCCCUGGACGGCGCCGUGCUCCUGCGCAACGCGGUGCAGGCCGACGAGGGCGAGUACGAGUGUCGCGUCAGCACCUUCCCCGCAGGCAGCUUCCAGACGCGGCUGCGGCUCCGCGUGCUGGUGCCUCCCCUGCCCUCACUGAACCCUGGUCCGGCGCUAGAAGAAGGCCAGGGCCUGACGCUGGCAGCCUCCUGCACGGCAGAGGGCAGCCCAGCCCCCAGCGUGACCUGGGACACAGAGGUCAAGGGCACCGCGACCAGCCGCUCCUUCAAGCACUCCCGCUCAGCUGCUGUCACUUCGGAGUUCCACCUGGUGCCCAGCCGCAGCAUGAAUGGGCAGCCACUCACCUGCGUGGUGUCCCAUCCUGGCCUGCUGCAGGACCAAAGGAUCACCCACAUCCUCCAAGUGGCCUUCCUCACCGAGGCCUCUGUGAGGGGCCUCGAAGACCAAAAGCUGUGGCAGGUGGGCAGAGAAGGGGCUACCCUCAAGUGCCUGAGCGAGGGAUACCCUUCUCCCUCGUACAACUGGACACGGUUGGACGGGCCUCUGCCCAGCGGGGUGCGAGCGGAAGGGGACACUCUGGGCUUUCCUCCGCUGACCCCCGAGCACAGCGGCAUCUACGUGUGCCACGUCAGCAACGAGCUCUCUUCGAGGGAUUCCCGGGUCACUGUGGACAUCCUUGACCCGCAGGAGGCCCCCGGGAAGCAGGUGAACCUGGUGUCGGCCUCAGUGGUGGUGGUGGGCGUGAUCGCCGCGCUCUUGUUCCUCCUGCUGGUGGUGGUGGUCGUGCUCAUGUCCCGGUACCAUCGGCGCAAGGCUCAGCAGAUGACCCAGAAAUACACUGGCCCCCGGGGCUGCUCGGGGAAGCCGCCGUCAGCCCUGGCUCCAGGGUGGGGUCGGCCGGAGGAGAGUGUAGGGCUGAGAGCCGAGGGCCACCCCGAUAGUCUCAAGGACAACAGUAGCUGCUCUGUGAUGAGCGAAGAGCCGGAGGGCCGUAGUUACUCGACGCUGACCACGGUGAGGGAGAUUGAAACCCAGACUGAACUGCUGUCUCCAGGCUCCGGGCGGGCAGAGGAGGAGGAAGAUCGGGACGAAGGCAUCAAACAGGCCAUGAACCAUUUCGUCCAAGAGAACGGGACCCUGCGGGCCAAACCCACAGGCAAUGGCAUCUACAUCAAUGGGCGGGGGCAUCUGGUCUGACCCAGGCCUGCCUCCGUCCCCUAAGCCUGGCUCCUUCUGCUGACCUGGGGAUUUCUGUUCGGGGAGAGGGGGCUCUCUAAACACCCUAUUUCUUCAGGAAGAUGCUCCCCAUCCCGACUGCUCGACCUUUUCCUCCAGCCCCUCUGUUCGACAAAGGGGGGGCUCUGCUGGUUGAGUCCUUCCCUGUGUGUGUGUGUGUGUGUGUGCGUGCGCGCAGAUCACCGUGUGCAU